UUAAUAAGCUAAUGAACGAGAAUAUCAAAUGUUAGAAUUUUGGGAAGACGUUCCAUCAGACAUUACCGAUUGGAUUAAGUGUAUUUAUUAUUUAGAAUGUAAUGGCUUAUCUUUGGUACUUCUCAUGGUAUUAAUGUGUCACAACCGCCCACUGGAUUUAGGUAUAUUUUAUACUACGAUGCUGUCAGCGUGGGUGAUUUUCCAAAUGUUGGCGGAAUGCUGUGUUCGUUGUUUCUGAAAUACAUUUUGUCGUGUAGUUAUAAAUAUAUUUUUUCACUACAAUGGAUUCAAUAGACGAAAUUCAGAGCUUCCUCAGAGUUGACGCAAGACUUGAUUUAAAAGCUGUUGCUUUAGGAUGUGUACUGGGUUUAACGGGAACAGAGGAUGGGAGAUGUAUGCUGUUACGUCGUCCAUGCCUGUUGUCAGCGUUGAUUUUUCUCGCCCAAGACAAGUCUGAAAGUAUUGCCAAAGAAGCAUGUUUGGCUAUUGUCAAUAUUUCUGCUGAAGAACUGGGUUCAAGGUCUUUGCUUUUUAGCCAUGACAGUAAAGGUACAGCACAGGAUGCAGAUUCAGAUAAUAAUAUUGUUGUGGUGAUGAUCAAGAUGAUCAUGGAUCCUGAUUCAUGCCUUGCUGAUCAUGCAUGCAUGAUACUUUCAAACUUGACUCGACCUUCAGGAAACAUUGAACAUGUGAUUUUGCUGAUAGAAAAAUGUGGGUUUACUUUGGAUCAGGUUGUAUCUGUGUUUACAACACAAGGAUACAACAGAAGAGGAGCCAAUCUUCACUAUCUUGGACCAAUGUUUUCCAACCUUAGUCAGUCUAUAACUUUCAGAAGGUUCUUGAUGGAUCACGAGAGAUGCAUCAUUCAGAGACUUUUACCCUUCACUGAGUAUGAAUCCUCUCAUGUUCGAAGAGGCGGUAUUGUGGGCACUUUAAGAAACUGUUGCUUUGACAUUGAGAAUCAUGAUUGGUUGCUAAGUCCAAAAGUGGACAUUUUACCUUGUCUGCUGCUACCUUUGGCUGGGCCUGAAGAGUUUGAAGAUACUGAAAUGGACAAAUUACCUCCAGAAUUACAGUAUCUACCAGAAAGUAAACUGCGGGAAACAGAUCCUGACAUAAGGAAAAUGCUGUUGGAAGCUUUAAUUCAGUUAUGUGCAAAACGGAGUUCAAGGGAACUAAUGCGUGAACGAAAUACAUACUUGAUCCUUCGUGAGUUCCACAAGUGGGAGAAGGAUCGAACAGUGUUGCUUGCCUGUGAGAAUGUUGUAGACAUCCUUAUCAGAACUGAGGAUGAAAUUGGUGAAGACAACAUUCAUGACAUUGAUGUUCCUCUUGAGCUACAUCAGAAGUUCCAAAAAAUGGAUGAAGAUUUUAUCAAGGACUGAUUUUUUUUUAAUAUUAUAUACCAAACAGGACAUUGUUUGUUUCUUCACUGACCCCACCCAGCCCUCUGUCUGGAGGGUAUCAUUACCACUUUUCCUGAUAUAGUGGCUGGAGCAUGGAACUGACCACUUUGCUGUGUGUAGUGGGAGAAUCAGAUAUUUGCCAGUCUUUGCUUUCCCGACAAUUGUGUUCACUCAUAAUGGUCACUUCACAGAUAUACUUACUGGGCAGAGGAAGUUCAGAUGUGAUCUGAAUUGAAUAUAUGUUAUGAGUGUGAAAUAUAAUUGUUUGGAUAAAUUUGUAUGAUCCAUAAUAUGUAUUUUGGCAAAAGAGUUUGUGACCAAAAAUGUUGGGUUAGGAUAUAUUUCUUAUGUAAAGUUGGAGUAAAUUUGAAUAGAUUUAACCAGCCAUUGAAAUCUACAUGCUGCUGUAUUGGACUUCAGUUGGCAUGUAAUUAGAUGAAACCUCUGUUAUACUCCAGUCAGUUCUAUUUCUCCCUGUCAUACACUUGGUGUUUAAAUGUUUGUGGUGUGAAUGAAAUACAUGAGAAUUAUUGAUGUA